GUGGGCGGUACGAGCAAGCGUUCAGCGAGCGCGUGGCCGCCGCCAUCUUCGUUGGGAAUCCCACAUACAUUCCAAGUACAUACUUACACUCGGCCGACGGUUUGCCGACUCUGCAAGAAGUUGUUACGAGGCUUGUUCAAACAAGGCUUACAGUGCGGCGACUGUCAUUACAACGCUCAUCGAAAAUGUCUGCCCUUCGUGCCAAAGGAUUGCGGCGCGGAGAUACGUGACGCCCAUAGUGAGUACCAGGACAGCAGCACUGGCUCGGAGUUGUCUGAGAACGCGCGGCUGCCAGACGAGGAGUCCGAUGAGGGGGCAGAUGGCGCCACUGAUGAUGCCGACCACGAGUUGUCGCGGCGAGGGCAGGAGGAGGAGCCGCAGCGUGACACUCUGCCGGACCGCUCCGCUAGCCGACCCAGCAGUUCAUCUUCCUCACCAAGUGCAAACAUCCCAUUGAUGCGUAUCGUACAGUCAGUUAAACAUACCAAGAAGAGAGAAGGACAAUGGCUCAAGGAGGGCUGGAUGGUGCACUUCACUAACAAAGAUAAAACGAUCAAACGUCACUACUGGCGACUGGACAGCAAGUCUAUAACACUGUUCACAUCAGAACAAGGCACUAAGUACUACAAGGAGAUCCCGCUCAACGAGAUUCUGGCUGUGGACACCGCGCGACAGCCGCACUCCGAUGUGAUGCAUUGCUUCGAGCUGCGCACAGCGAACGUGGACUACAUGGUGGGCGUGGACCCGGCGUGGGCGGGCGCGGCCGGCGCGGUGCCGCCCCCGCCCUCCGGUGUCGGCGCCUACCUCGCCCGCUCCUGGGAGACUGCUGUGCGUCAGGCGCUCAUGCCG